AUGACUUAUUCAGCGUGGGAUCCAAAUGCAACAACGUUUGCUUCUUGUGGUGUAAUUGGCACACGUCCACAUCAUGUAUUUGUGGACAUUGAUGAUACAGUUUAUAUAACAGUAUUAGACAUGAAUGUUGUUCAAGUAUGGCCAGCAGGAAGCGAUAAUGUCACAAGAGUAGUUUCUGGUAACCUCGAUUCACCGGCUACUACUUUUGUUACAGCCAAUGGUGAUAUUUAUGUCGAUAAUGGAGAUAAUGGUCAAGUUGAUAAAUGGACUUUAAAUGCAACUGAGGGUAAAUCAGUAUUUAAUGUUCUAGGGCAAUGUAUGGGACUUUUCAUUGAUGUCAAUAAUACUAUCUAUUGUUCUAUGGAUAUCCAGCAUUUAGUUUUGGCAAAGUUAUUAGACGACAACUCAAACAAAUCAAUGAUUGUCGCUGGUAACGGAACAGUAGGAUCAGAAUCGAAUAGCCUUAAUAUGCCAAAUGGGAUUUUUGUGGACAAGGAUUUAUAUUUAUACGUAGCCGAUUGGGGAAAUAAUAGAGUACAAAGGUUUCCAUCGAGACAAUUGGAAGCAACAACAGUGGCAGGCAAUGGAGCUCCAGGAACAGUUUCACUUGCUGGUCCAAUAGCAGUUGUUCUCGAUGGCGAUGGUUAUCUUUUCAUCGUUGAAUGGUAUACAGCUCGUGUUGUCGCAUCUGGACCACACGGUUUUCGAUGCAUCGUUGGAUGUACUGGUACAAUUGGAUCGACUGCAGAUACUUUAGCAUAUCCUCGAAGCAUAAGUUUUGACAGUUAUGGUAAUAUAUACGUUUUGGAUAAUGGCAAUCGUCGGGUUCAGAAAUUUCUGUUUUUAAAUAAUUCGUGCGAUGCUCUUUUCGACACUUCAAUUUCAUCUUCUGACAUGAUUACCACUAUUCAAGCAGAUCCAUCGUCGACGCUAGCAACGUUUACAAUACCGACUGUAGAUGUGUUUGAAAUGUCAUUUAAUCAACCACAAUUUUGCUCGGGUGCAUUGUGGAAUUCCAAUGGCACAACAUUUGCUGAUAACAGCACGAUUAGCUCAGAACUUGGUGGAAUUUUCGUUGAUAUCAACGAUUCUAUUUACCUGGUAAUGAGAAAUAUCAAUGCAAUUCGAAUAUGGUAUAAUGGUGAUGCGAAUAGUACAAGAACAAUUUCUUCUAAUUCCACAGGAAUGCUAAAUAUUUUCGUAACUAUAAAUGGUGAUAUUUAUACUAGUAAUAUUUUUGAUGGUAAUAUUACUCGGUGGACGAUGAAUGCUACUGAAAGCAAGAUAGAUGCUGUUGCUUUUCAAUCAUGUACAGCAAUUUUCAUUUCUCUAAAUAACUAUCUUUACUGUUCCAUGUUCGAUACUCAUCAAGUAAUAAAAAUCUCACUUAACGAUGCAAAUUCUUCAUCUGCAUGGAUUGUCGUCGCCGGUAAUGCAACUGCAGGAUCUGCACCAAAUACACUUUGUCUACCAAAAGGCAUCUUUGUUGACAAAAGUUUGAAUUUAUAUGUAGCUGAUUGGUCAAACAAUCGUAUUCAAGAAUUUCGUUAUGGACAACUGGAUGGAAUAACAUUAGCAGGAACAGGUGCGCCAAGUACGAUCCAACUCACAGGUCCAACAGACGUUAUUGUUGAUAGUAAUAAUUAUCUUUUUAUUGUUGAUUGGGGUGGCCAUCGGAUCGUAAAAUCUGGACCGGAUGGUUUUGGAUGUCUAUUAGGAUGCACUGGUACACAUGGACAAGCAUCAGAUCAACUGUAUUAUCCAUCUUGGUUUGCAUUUGAUCAUUUUGGUAAUAUCUAUGUUACCGAUGAUGGUAAUAUGAGAAUUCAAAAAUUCACUUUGAUUUAUAACAAUUGUAAUCAAACAACGACAAAUGAGGUCGUCACAACUUAUGCAGAAACAUCUACAUAUUCUACUGAUCCUAUUUCCGAAACCAGUUCGUUUGUUGGCAAUGAAAUUACUACACUAGAGUCGAUGCAACUUUCCUCUACAACUGAAGGAGAUUCUUUUUCUACAGACGUAAGUUCCGUUGAAUAUGACGAAGAUACAACUGAAGAGUUACAAGCUUCAACAGAAGGUCUUUAUUAUACAUAUACAAAAAAACUCGUGACAAGCUUACAUUCUUUAGAUCACUUCUCCACGAUGCAAUCAACAUUCAUGGAUACUACACAGUACACAGAAGUGACAAUACUAAGCACGGUAGAAACUACUAACGAUGAAAUUUCAACUAUAAACCUGAAUUACACAACUGAAGAGCAUUCGACGUUUAGUGCGAUAGAAACUUCUACAACCGAUGAAAAUUACUUCUCUACGGAUGAGCAUUUUACGAUCAAUACUGAUAAGAGUACUGAAGGCUUCUUCUCCACAGUACAAUAUUCAGAAACUUCCACAGACAAAAGGUCAACCAUAAACAUCAAUAAUACAACUACAACAGUACAAACAUCAAUCGAAGAAGUAUCGACAGGUACUCAACAGUAUACUAUGACGACAUCAUUAGAUACUGUUCAACCAUCUACAACAAUUUCAGAGCUCGAAAAUAUUUCGUCAAUCAUACCGGGUAAUUAUCCAACCUAUAAUUGUGAUAAGUAUUUUAAAGAUAAAUAUCUAGAAUGUUUUUCGUCAAUGAUAUCAUUCCUUCCAAACAAUACGUCACUCUUGACACCAGCGCAAUAUCGCCGAAGUGAUAACAUUCUGAUCAAUCACAUCAUUAAUAAUAAUUGUACACCGUUACAUUCAUAUUUUAAACAAUGGAUUGUAACUAAUUGUACUUCAUCAUGUGAAUUUCAAGUUAAUAUCAAUUAUUUAUUAAAUAUAACAACAAAUCAAAUUUUGAUUCCUGCGCGAACUCUUCCCUAUGGCGUUUAUCGAUUGAAAUUAGUUUUAACAAUGAUAAAUUCAACGGCAACAAUAAUCGCUUCGUCAUCCGUAUACAUUGCAAUCAUUCCAGCAACUAUUAUUGUCAAUCUCGUUCAAUAUGGUACUUCUGUGAUAACCAGUAGUUAUGAAAAUGAUUUAAUCUUAGAUCCAGGAAAAUAUUCAAUCAAUCCAGAUUCAGAUAUAUUUGAUGCAACUAAUUGGAACUACACAUACUAUUGUCAAACAGAUGAUACGGAUAAUAUGAUCAUUGAUGGCGCAUUAAUUUCAUUUGAAGAGCCAAAUCAUCCAUGUUUUUUAAAUAAAUCAAAUAACAGUAGAGGAUGGAGUUACAGUUCUUUGGAUGUUCCACAAUCAGCAGUGAUUAUAUUUGCUGGUUCACUUCUUAGUAAUAGAACAUAUCGAUUUCUUGUGAAUAUGGUUCAUCAUGAAAAUUCUCAUGUACAAGCCAAUGGUUAUGUAUCAGUCAAUGUGGAAAACGUUAAACUUCCGAUGAUUGCGGUCGCCUGUGUUAUUCAAACGAUGUGUUCAGCAAGUCUUCAAUAUCAAUAUAUCAAUCCCACCACGCAAAUAGCGCUAUUCUCUGUUUGUAUUGGAAAUUGUACCCUGUUAACAAACAUAGCAUGGAAUAUUUAUCAAGGAUCGAUCAAUUUUUCGACGAAUAUCGUCACAUGGGUCCGACUGAGUUUAUUUUUCAAUAAUAGUCAAUUGUUUGGAACGAAUACGAGAAAUUUAACAGUACCAAAUCAUCUAUUUUCUCAAUAUACGAAUGGAUCUUAUUGGCGUUUUGAAGUUGUUUAUACAUUCAACAAUAAGCCAAGUUUAGGUGCCUUAGAUUUUGUUAUGAAUCAACCACCACGAUCUGGUUCUUGCUCAAUCAAUCCUCCAAACGGAACAACAAUAACUUUAUUCCAAAUUACUUGUUCAAAUUGGUUCGACGAAAACGGUAUCAAAGAUUAUUCAUUCUACGGUGAAUAUCUCUCUUCACUCAAUCAUUUCAACUCCAUAUUUUCUUACUUUCUAGCCUACACAACUGAUUCUACAAAACAAAUUAUGCUUGGUUUCACUAACACACCAAGUUUUCAAGUUCGAUUACCAUCGAGUAUUACAAAUACAUCCAUUGUAAAUAUCAUUGUCUCUAUAAAAGACGGAUUGAAUGCGAUAACGCAAGUACAGUUACAACCCGUGAUCGUUUAUCUUGAUUGGACCGAAAUAAAUACGUUUAUCGAUAUUGUUGAACAUUCAAAUUCCAAAUCGACUAACCGAAAUUUGAUAGCACAGCUUUUGGCAAAUGGAGAUGCAAAUAGUUUGACACAAAUUGUAACUCUAAUAUCAGAAUUUUUGAAUGAGAUGAGCGAACAACAAACUGAGAAUGCAGUCAAAAAUGGAGUUCCUUUCACAAGUAUAUCCGUAUCAUUUUCAAAUAUAAUUGAUCAAUUUCUCUCUUCAACUACGUUGAACGUAUCAACAUUUAAAAUCUUUACUGAUUAUCUAAAUCAACAUGCUGUUGUACGCGAUUAUUUGAUCACAAACAUAACAAAUCUGUCAAUAACAACUUGGAAUAGUAUUGCAUUACAAUCAUCCGCUCUAUCACAACUAACAAAUGCACCAAACGAGUUAACUCGAACAACUUCGAUCUUAGCAUCAACUAAAUGUUAUCAAUUAUCAAUCGCUUUACAAUCAAUGGCUGAUCAAAUUUCAUACGAAGAGCUGCAAAAAGCUGCACAAUCGAUUGUACAAUGUGCUGCUAACGUUUACACCGCAAUCAAUGAACCUUUACAAGACCGAGGAAUUAUCUUAGAUCUUGAUUUUAAUCGAGCAAAUAUGCUUCCUGAUGACUACGAUACUGAUCUGGAAUCAGUCUGGUCAAAUCUAAAAUUGUUUGCAAUUGGAGAUGAUUAUUCUUGGAAUACGAUUCAACAAGGAAGAAAUCGAUAUUAUCAAAAGCAAACAGCUAAUACAAUCAAUCAUCAAUUGACUGAGAUAAUUUCUUCCAUAACAGCUGCAUUUGAAAUACAUUUAAAUAUCGGACAAAAAAUAGUUCUAAACACAACAUCAAUGUUCUUUUCAUUAGAAAAAUUAUCAUUCGAAUCGCUUCCAAAUAAGCUCCUUCUAUUAAACGGAAAUGCUCGAAUCAAACUUCCAGCAAAUUUAAAUCUAAUCGAAAAUUCCGCAGAUAUCGUUCUACUUCGAUCUAUCAUGUUACCACUUGCACCAAAAGGAAAUUCUCCUCCUUCAACCUAUACUAAUCUCUCGACGUUAAUUUCAUUAUCCGUGAUUGAUUUAAAUAACAAUGAGAUACAUUUAUCUACUAAAAUGAAUGAUUCUAUUGAAUAUCUCAUUCCUCGUGAUGUCAAUGCACAAUUCUCUUCGAUAAUCUUACAAAAUGUAACAGCAAUGAGUAACUUCAAUCGAACAUUCAAUUUGCAUUAUGUGAAUUUGACGCGAAUGAAUAAUUUGAGCAUAUCUUUGCAUAUCGAAAUGUAUCCAAUCGAUAUUCAACUUGCUUACAUGUUUAUUUAUAAAUUUGAUGAUAUACCACAAUUAAAUCGAUUUGAUGGACGAUCGUUGUUUUGUCCAUCAGAUUUGAUGAAUGAUAGUUUUUAUACAUAUUUUAUCAAUAAUGAAUAUGUAUCAUCGCAUCAAUCGAUUAUAUUUGGUUUUCGGCAAUUGAAUUCCAUGGAAAUUGAUGCACUUUGUUCGAAUAUUUCUAUGCAAACAAAUCCUUCCAUGAUUAGUUUUAACAAUUCAUUCAAUUUUUCAUCGAAUUACAAAUUACGUCUGUAUACAUCCGGUUGCUAUUAUCUCGAUUCGAAUAACAAUUGGCUAUCCGAUGGUUUAAUUGUUGGUUCAUUGACAAAUCUCGUUCAAACCCAAUGUUUUUCAACACGUGCUGAAACACUUGCUGGUGCUUUACAUUUAUUACCGUCACCGAUUGAUUGGAGUUACGUAUUUGCUCAUGCAAGUUUCUCUCAAAAUAAAACGAUUUAUGUAACAAUCACCAGCGUUUUAUUUAUUUAUUUCGUAUUAAUUGUUUAUGCUCGAGCUCAUGAUAAAUAUGAUCUUAAACAGUUGGAAGUGUCGAUUUUAGCAAGUAAAGCCGAAAUGAAUGGUUAUGCUUAUCAAAUCAUUGUUUUUACUGGUUUCCGUGCAAAUGCAAAUACUGAAUCGAAAGUUCAUUUUGUGAUGGUUGGAAAAAAUGAUAAAACAAGCAUUCGAACAUUUUCCAGUUCACAUCGAAAGAUAUUUCAGCGUGGAGGAAUCGAUUCCUUUAUUAUCACUACUCCCAAAUCAUUGGGAUCAUUAGAAUAUAUACAUAUCUGGCACGAUAACAGUGGUCAAGGUUCAGCUGCUUCAUGGUUUUUAAAGCAUAUCAUCGUACGAGAUUUACAAACAAUGAAAGAGUUCUAUUUUAUUUGUCAACGAUGGUUAGCAGUUGAACACGACAAUGGAGCGGUUAGUACAAAAUCAAAUUUGAGAAUCGAACGUCUUUUAUCAGUUGCAAGUGAAAACGAAAAACAAAAUUAUUCGAAUAUUUUAUCGAAAAAAGUCUAUGAAAAUUUGUCCGAUCGCCACUUGUGGUUUUCAAUAUUUAGUCGCUUAACAUCAAAGAAAUUUACACGUGUUCAGCGGUGUACAUGUUGCAUUGUUCUUUUUUUCAUCACAAUGUUAUUUAAUAUUCUAUACUACAGAGAAGCAAAUCAAUCAGAACAUAUCAAAUACAAUAUAAGUAUCACCAUAGGCCCAUUUUACAUCUCCUUACAGCAGGUCAUCAUUGGAAUGAUAAUGGAGAUAUUUUCCUUGAUUCCGAGUGUUUUCCUUGUUCAAUUCUUUCGCCGUAUAAGAUCGAAAGGAGAGAAUCGAAAAGCACGAGAAAUAACAUUUCCCUGGUGGUGUACUUAUUUCGCAUAUGGCAUAUCGUUUCUUUUUAUUGGCACAUCACUUUUAUUUAUUCUUGUUCGAAGUAUUGAAUUAGGUGAUUUACAAGUACAGAAAUGGUUAACAUCAAUCCUAGCUGGUUUUAUCUCAUCUGCUUGUUUAACUCAACCUCUUCAAAUAUUGAUUAUUACAAUUUUUACAAUAAUUUGCUUCAGAAAAGAAGAUAAUCAGAGACAAUCGAUUGAUGAUUAUAUUUUGAAUCGAAAUGAAGAAUAUAUUCAUACGAUUGAAGAUCGUUCGUUAUCUUAUUUGAAAAUUAAUCGUUUGAACAAAGCAGAAACCACUAUCGCUCGUCAUCAACGUUUUCGACAAAUACGUAUCCGAGCCAUCAUUGAAGAAAUCGGUCUCUAUCUUAUUUAUCUUGGAACUAUCUACUUUCUCGCAUAUUACAAUUAUAAUACAAACGUAUUCUUACAAGUAAAUCAUCUACGACAUUUCUUUUUGAAUCCAAAUUCACCAAUGAAUGAUUAUACAAAAAUUAUGACAAUCAGUGAGUAUUGGUUAUGGUUAGAGAACAGUUUUGUUGAAAAUAUUCGUGCACAACAAUGGUAUAAUGGAGAUGCACCAAGAAACUUAAGUGGAUUUAUUGAUGAUAAAUCCAAUCGAUUGAUUGGAUGGGCAACAAUGAGACAAUUACGUGUUAAAGCAGAUCUGUGUCAUGUACAUUCAGUUUCUAAAUCGUUGAAUUUAACGUGUGAAGUUGAUUAUAGUUAUUUGAAUGAAGAAAAACGUUCCUUUGGACUACAAUGGAUGAAUUCAACUUUAACUAAUUACAGUUCAUCGAUACUAAAUGCAUUUAGAUAUAGAUCAAGCCAAGAAUUGGAUACAUAUACAUAUGUGGGUAAUCAUGGAACUUAUAAUACUGGUGGAUUUGUCUACGAAUUUCGAGGUUGUCUUUCUGAACUUCGUUCAAAUCUUUCACUUCUUCGUCAAUUCAAAUGGAUAGAUCAAUACACACGAGCUAUUCUUAUUCAAAUGAGUUUAUAUAAUCCUAACAUCCAAAUAUUCACAUCUGUUAGUUUUCUUUUGGAAUUAUUACCCACUGGAGGAAUAUUCCCAUCGACUCGCUUUGAACCUUUCUAUGUUCAAGGUUUAACAUCAAUUGCUUAUCUGAUAAUCAUCAUCAUACAUAUAUCAUUCCUAAUCUAUUAUAUAAUUAAAGAGUUUCAAGAUAUUCAUCAUUUGAAAAUAGGUUAUAUCUGUCAAAGUUGGUCAUUUAUUAGACUUGGGAUUAUCAUAUGUUCUUGGAUUGGUAUGGCAAUCUAUCUAUGGCGAUAUGUUGAAAUUAAACGAGUUACGAAUCUUUUUCAUGAUACAAAUGGUUAUUUGUAUAUCAAUCUUCAAUUUAUCGCUUAUAUCAAUGAUAUGUUCAAUAUAAUUAUUGGUUUUUGUUGUUUUUUUGGUACGAUAAAACUUCUUCAUUUAUGUCGAUUUAAUUCACGUUUAUCUGUUUUUAAUGAUACGUUGUCAAGUGCAAAGAACGAUCUGAUUCAAUUUAUGUUCAUGUUUUCAUUUAUAUUUUUUAGUUUCAUGAUUUUUUUCUAUGAAUUAUUCAUAUCCAAAAUACUCUCUUGUUCCAAUCUGAUCCAUACAGCAGUGAUGCUUUUCGAAAUGAUAUUAUUAAAGUUUGAUGUUCAUGAUUUAUAUCAAGCUGAUCAAAUACUCGGUCCGAUUUGUUUUAUUUUAUUUAUUAUAUUCGUUGUAUUCAUCUGUAUGAAUAUGUUUAUAUCGAUCAUAGUUGAUCAUUUUCGACGCGUUCAGAAGAAAGUCAAGUCAAGUCAAAACGAAGAUCAAGAAGCAUUUAAUUAUAUGAUAAAGAAGGUUGUAUGUUGGUUAGGAUUUAUCAAACCGAAUCAAUUCGAUUGUCAAAAUGAAAAAGACGAAGCCAUGCGACUGGAAUAUUACGAUACAUUUCAAUAUUUUCCAAUAGUCACUGAUCGACUAAUGGAAAUACUCUAUCGAAUGCGCUGA